AAUGGACUGUAUUAUCAGCCAACCUGCCAAAAUAACACUCAAAAGAAUGGUUUGAACGGGCACUCGAACCAUUCCACAAACAAUUUGUCAAAUGGACCUCAUCCUAUGCAGGCGAUCAUCGACAAAAUUCCUUUAGCCGACCUUGAAGAUAUCGGAAUAAGAGUUGAACCUAUUAACCCUAAUAUUAAGAAUAUAAUGAUUACUGGUGGAGCUGAUUUCAUGUCUUUUAUCCUGCGAGAAAAAAAAAUUGACACUAUUUUUCAUCUUGCGGCUCAAACACAUGUGGACAAUUCUUUUGGGGAUUCGUUCGAAUUUACCAAAAAUAAUGUUAUGGGAACUCAUGUUAUGUUGGAAGCUGCUAAAGUUCAUGGAAUUAAAAGGUUUAUUCAUGUUAGUACAGAUGAAGUUUAUGGUGAAGUAGCAAAAACUAGUGUAGCUCCAUCAAAUCCAUAUUCUGCAACAAAAGCGGCUGCCGAAUGUCUUGUACAAGCUUAUCACAAGUCAUUCGGCCUACCGAUAAUUAUCACAAGAAGCAAUAAUAUUUACGGUCCAUAUCAAUAUCCUGAAAAAAUUUGUUCAAAAUUCAUUUGUAAUGGAUCUAAUUCUCGUAAAUAUCUAUACGCAGGUGAUGUUGCCGAUGCGUUAGAUAUAAUUUUACAUAAGGGACAAGUUGGAGAAAUCUAUAAUAUUGGCUCCAAUUUUGAAAUUUCAAAUCUUGAACUUGCUCGGACGUUAAUUCGAAAAUUCGGUUAUAAAGAGGAAGAACAUAUUGAAUUUGUACAAGAUCGUGCAUUCAACGACCGACGUUACGCUGUAGAUUACCGCAAGUUGAGAGA